UCGCCACCAGAGGCGCGCCUUCUGACGGUUUUCUUUGAAUCUCGCGACAGCCAGUGUGUAGAAGAAGAAGAAGAACUAUGGCAGCACGUUUUCGCUUCCUCCGCAAAAUUGUGUCCUCUGCUCCCGCGGGCGCCCGAGGAUUCGCCUCCAACGUGCAGAAAGUCACACUCAUUCCCGGCGAUGGAAUCGGCCCGGAAAUCUCAGCGGCCGUCCAGAAGAUCUUCGAGGCGGCCAAAGUGCCCAUCGAAUGGGAGUCAGUGGAUGUGACUCCAGUCCGGUAUCCGGACGGGAAGUUUGGCAUCCCACCGAAGGCCAUCGAGAGCGUGAAUCGCAACAAAAUCGGCCUCAAGGGGCCCCUGAUGACUCCCGUGGGCAAGGGCCAUCGCUCCCUCAAUCUCGCCUUGCGCAAGGAGUUCAAUCUCUACGCCAACGUGCGACCCUGUCGCAGUCUCGAGGGGUACAAGACUCUGUACGAUGACGUGGACGUCGUGACGAUCCGGGAGAACACAGAGGGCGAGUACUCGGGCAUUGAGCACGAGAUUGUGGACGGAGUCGUGCAGAGCAUCAAGCUCAUCACCGAGGAGGCGUCCAGGCGAGUGGCGGAGUUCGCCUUCCAGUACGCAAAGGACAAUAACAGGAGCAAAGUGACGGCUGUGCACAAAGCCAACAUCAUGCGAAUGUCGGACGGCUUGUUUUUGCGGAUGUGUCGCGAGAGUGCCGAGAAGUUCCCGGAGGUGAAGUUCGAGGAGCGCUACUUGGACACCGUGUGUCUCAACAUGGUGCAGGAUCCGCGCAAGUACGACGUCCUGGUGAUGCCGAAUCUCUACGGUGACAUCCUGUCCGACAUGUGCGCCGGCCUCGUCGGCGGCCUGGGACUCACGCCGUCCGGCAACAUUGGCCUGAACGGAGCGCUGUUCGAAUCUGUGCACGGCACGGCGCCGGACAUCGCCGGCAAGGAUCUGGCCAAUCCCACGGCGCUGCUGCUGUCGGCCGUGAUGAUGCUGCGCCACAUGAAUCUGAACAGCCAGGCGGAUGCGAUCCAGAACGCGGCGUUCGGGGUGAUUCGCGAGGGGAAGUACUUAACGGGUGAUCUGGGCGGCAAAGCCAAGUGCUCAGAGUUCACCAAUGAGAUCUGCUCCAAACUGUAAA